UUAUUUAUCAAAAAACCACUCCAUUUCCUGUAUUUUAUUGCUGCAUCUCACUAGACUUUGACUCUUUUCUCUUCACCGAUCAUCUGCAAUCUGAUUGAAAAGAUUUUUUAAAAAAAAAAAGCCAAACAUGAAGCUUGACACUAGCGGUCUAGAAUCGGUGGCGCCAGUCUGGGGUGCUCCUGGAGAGCUUGUUGAUGGGUUUGCGGCUGCGCCGUCGUUUGAGCUCCCAAAUCCUGCAGAUUUUGAUGGGUUUCAGAAAGAAGCUAUUCAAAUGGUGAAACCUGCUAAGGGUACCACCACGCUUGCUUUCAUCUUUAAAGAAGGCGUCAUGGUUGCUGCUGAUUCUAGAGCUAGCAUGGGAGGCUAUAUCUCAUCACAGUCUGUGAAGAAAAUCAUCGAAAUCAAUCCAUACAUGCUUGGCACAAUGGCUGGUGGAGCUGCUGACUGCCAGUUUUGGCACAGAAAUUUAGGCAUCAAGUGCCGGUUGCAUGAAUUAGCAAACAAACGUAGAAUUUCUGUUACAGGAGCAUCAAAACUGUUGGCAAACAUUCUCUAUUCUUAUCGAGGAAUGGGACUUUCAAUUGGAACCAUGAUUGCUGGAUGGGAUGAAACGGGUCCUGGACUAUACUAUGUGGACAGUGAAGGGGGAAGGUUAAAGGGAAUGCGUUUCUCUGUUGGAUCUGGUUCACCAUAUGCUUAUGGUGUGCUGGAUAAUGGCUAUCGGUAUGAUAUGUCAAUUGAAGAAGCUGCAGAGUUGGCCAGAAGAGCUAUUUAUCACGCCACAUUCCGAGAUGGAGCCAGUGGUGGUGUUGCCAGCGUUUACUACGUGGGACCAAAUGGCUGGAAGAAGCUAUCUGGUGACGAUGUUGGAGAACUUUAUUACAAAUACUAUCCAGUGAUACCAAGCACGGUAGAACAGGAAAUGGUUGAGGUAGAAUGGGAGGUCGAGGUAGAACAGGAAAUGGUUGAAGGAGCUGGGGCAUAAGAUGGUUCUAUUCAACCUAGACCAAGUUGAAGAUGUUUGCAUUCAUAGAUUGGUCAAUGGGAUAGAUUCUGAUACUAUGAAGCUCAGUUUCCUCUAUUUUCACUUUGGAAUUAGCCUUAAAGACUAAUUCACUGAUUGACCUGGGUGCUAGUUAAUGUUUUAAGAAUCCUUCCAAUCAUGUCAAGUUCAGUCAUCUUGAUCAGUUUGUCAUUUGAUGUUGAAAAUUUUUAAUGAAUCUCCACUUUUAGCUACACCAACAUUUGAAUUAUUCUGUCUUCAUCUAGGGUCUGGCUUUUUGUAAACCACUACCAAUUACUAUAAAGGACCUGAUUAGUCAUCUGGCUAGAAAAGAAAGAUUUUAUGAGCAUUGGGAUAAUUAUAUCUGGUGAUGGCAGUGAUCCUAUGUUGUAGCCCAUUUACCUAGUUCAAUUAGAGAGUGAAUUUUUUGUUGUAUGUGACAGUGACGGGCUUCCUUCCCAGGUUGUCGGUUCAACGUUGCUGAGCAGUUAAACCAUAAAACAUCAAAUGGGCAAUGAGACUUCCUGUGCCUCCCAAGGGGGAAAAAAAAAAAACAAAAAGGGAAAUUGAUAUUUGCGGUACAUGGGCC